AUAAAAUAAAAAUAUUUUAUAUACCGAUAUAAAAAAAAUAUAUAAAAAUAAUAAAAUUAAUGAUUAUUAAAUAAAUGUAUUAAAUAAUAAAAAAUAAAAAAAUGACAUAUUAAAUAAAUAUAAAAAUAAUUAUUUUGUAUAAAAAAAUUAAGAUCUUUUUUAUAAAAAAAAUUAUAUUUAAAUUUUUCUUCAUUCUUAAUCUUUUUCAAUUUAUUAAGUAAUAAAUUAAACACUAACAUCAAUAGUCAUAGUUUUUUAAGAUGAAUUUAAUUCUGUCCUAUUUUCAUUUCGACUACUACGAGAACCACCAUAAAAUUAUAUAGGACUAUCAUCAGAGUCUUUAGGGUUAUUUAUCUUUUCAUAAAUAUCAUAAACUUUUUUUACACCAAUAACUUUUUAUUUUAGAUUUUCUAAAAGUAAAUUUACUUUUUUUUGGCAUCAUUAACUGCUUCGCUUAGUAGUUUUUCUCUAGCAGAUUCUAUUUAUUUAUCAUCAGGAGAAAAUCUAACAAAAUCAACGGCAUUAAAUUCAUUUUUAAUAGCAUCAUCAAUCACUUUUCCAGCUUUUUAUGAAUUAGAAGAUUUUAUUAAAAUCGAAUUUUUAACUUUAUAUCCUUCAAAAACUCUUUCAUUUUAUUAAGUUUAUUCAUUGAUUUAAUCAAUAUAACUAGAAGAAUCAAUAGUAAAGCCACUAGAAGAAACACUUAAUUCUUCAUCUUUUUUAUAAAUAUCUAAUACUUUUUUGACAACUUCAUUAUUUUUUUAAAGAGCAGUUUUAACAUCUUUAUCCAUAUUUUAGUAAGAAACUUAUAUUUCAAAUUAAGUAUCAUUUAAAGAUGUAGAUGCAGUUCCUUAUACUCUUGAUGGAUCAGAUAGAUUACUUAAGUAUAAUUAACAUUCGCAUUAUUAAUCAGUUUAAUUACAUUAUUAUGAUUAUUAUAU